UAAUAAAUAUUUAUUUUUGUAUUUUUCUUUCAUUUUCGACCCAGAACGUUGUAACACUGAGAGGAGAAAAGGAAAAUAAAUGCGGAAAUCUGGAGAAAGAAUGUAUGUAUCAAGAAGUCUGGACUCUGGACUAAGGAGUUCUUGUGUAACUGUAAUACCCCUCUGAGUAACAAACAAUAGUAGACUUUUUUCCAAAAAAUAAAGCAAUCGCUAGUAAGUUCAAACAAUUGUAUAAGCCUUGUGAGUAUUUGCAAACCGUUAAUAUUUAAGAAAAACAACAACAAAAAAGCAAGUUUGGAAUUACUACCCAAUCAUUUAAAGGGGGAAUAACUCGAAUUAUCGUGUACUUUUUAAUAGUUAUCACUCGCUGUUAAUUUAAAUAAUAAUAUUUCUCGGAAGACGAACGAAAGAAAGAAAAAAUAAUGGUUUUAGGAUUGAUGUAUAACAACAAGACUUUGGACAGUGAAGAACACGAAAAUGAAAGUCUACAGGACCGUAUAAUCAAGUACCCCAGAGAAGCAACAGUAUUUGCAUCUGUGUGUUGUAUUAUUUUCAUCGUCGUUGGUUGUCUAGGAAACUUGGUGACAAUAUUCGCAUUAUCCCGCUGUGUGAAGUUGAGAAAUGCCACGACAGCAUUCGUCUUCAGUCUAUGUAUGGCGGAUUUCUUAUUUUGUGCUUUUAACCUCCCCCUGACGGCGUCUAGGUAUAUUCAUGAAAAGUGGGUUUUAGGAGAUACAUUGUGCUUUCUGUUCCCUUUCUUUUUUUACGGGAACGUCGCCGCAUCUCUCAUGUCUAUGACAGCCAUCACCAUUAACAGGUUCAUCCUCAUCAACCAUCCUAGUAAGUACGAGAAAAUUUAUAAAAAGAGAUACAUCGCUUUGAUGAUAGCUUUUUGCUGGAUCUUCAGUUUCGUUUUGCUGGUUCCCACUCUCACCUCUUCGUGGGGUACGUUUGGUCUAGAUCCCGAGACCUUUUCUUGCACCAUUCUCAAGCUCGAUGGGAAAUCUCCCAAGAAGUUUUUGUUCAUCUUGGGGUUCCUGAUACCGUGCGUUGUGAUAAUCAUUUCUUAUUCGUGCAUUUUCUUUAAGGUACGUCGGACAAGAGAGAAUGUAGCUGCCCACAGUCCUCCAGUAAGUCCUACGUCACCCACACCUCUAAUGAAGCAUUCCGUGCAUAAAAAGGACGAACUUCGAAUAACGUGUAUGAUGCUAAUCAUAUUCAUAUCUUUCCUCAUCUGUUUUCUUCCACUCAUGAUCGUGAAUGUCUUCGACAAUAAAGUCAGGUAUCCUUCCUUGCAUGUCUUAGCAGCUAUCUUAGCAUGGAUGUCCUCGUGUGUGAAUCCUGUCAUCUACGCAGUUAUGAAUCGUCAAUAUCGCCAAUCUUAUAUUCGUUUCUUUAAGUUGUUCAUCCCACACCAAGCUUCCCGGCAAUCCACGUGCUCGCCUCGAUUUUAGCAUGGAUGGCUUCUUGCAUCAAUCCAGUAAUAUAUGCCUUAAUGAACCGAACUUAUCGCAAGGCUUACUGUCAACUCUUUCGCUGUUGCUCCUGCAAACCCCCAACAACAAAUCCCAAAACCUAUCACUUGCGAUCCUCGGGGUCGAACGAUUCACAGACUAAGAUUUCAGAAGUAUUUACUUUCCCAAAAACAAAAUACAAAGAUGAAGAUGACCCAGUUUAGAGAUAUGCUGAGACGUCCUCAAAAUAUUUGAUGCACGUAAGCAGAUAAAACUUACGACGAAAGUUAAACCGAAAUGAAGCAGGAUAUUAU